UCCAAAACCCAGUACCUCUGCUCUCUGCUCUCGCUCUUUGCGCCUUCGCCAAAUCCCCUUCCAGACUUGGCAGUUCUGGUAUUCCUCUAAAAACCCCAUUUCUUUCUCCCCAAACAAAGAAAACACUAUGAAUCAUUCAAAGAAAAGACUUGCCUCAAUCAGAAGCAGCAAAGGGCAAAGAGACCAAUGGCAGCCCACAGGUCCUUGCAGAUUCCGGCAACACCCUCUUCAGCUGCAGGUGCGUUUGCAAAUCAUGGCUUUUUAUGAUUUCCGACCCUCAUUUCAAUCGUCUCCACCAUUCAAGAUCACCCAUGGGAAUCUUGAUCCAGACCUAUCCUCAUCGCCAUAAUUGGAAAUCAAGGAAAUUAGAUUUCACCCAGACACUAGAAUGUGCUGGUCCUGAUUUGCAGCUAGAGAAAAUGAGCUUUCGUCCCAAAAUUAGCAUACCCCUCAUUGGUGACAGAACUGAUCCGACUGUGAAACAUGGUUUGAUAAACUCGUGCAACGGUUUACUCUGUUUGUCUGGACCUCAAAAUAAUAAACUUUUGUAUGUGUGCAAUCCCAUUUUGGGUGAGUUCAUCACCACUCCACCUCUUGAUACCGGUGUUAAGCUCAGCUCUUUCGUUGGACUUGGUUUUAGUGCUGCUACCAAUGAGUACAAGGUACUUAACACUUGUUGUUCGCGUCGGGCGCAGAUGUACACCAUUGGAACAGGAGCCUCCUUAUGGCGCUGUGCGAUCGCCAUUCAAUGCUUUUCUACAUGGAGCUCUUCAUUGGGCUACGCAGUAUUGGACUGGUGAUGAAUUUAUGCAUUCAUUCAACUUCGAAACAGAAAAGUUUGAAACAAUACCCCCACCUAGCCACCUAGCCCUUAAAGAGUGGUUGACCUUGGGAGUGUUAGAAGGUUGUCUCCUGUUAUGUGUGUUUGAUGAUGAUUCUAGCAAAUUUGAAAUGUGGAUUAUGAGAGAUUAUGGUGUCCAAGACUCUUGGACGAAGAUUUUUGUUAUUGAAAACUUGUACCUAAGAAGAUAUCAACCUGAAGAGUAUGGACCAAUUAUGUUUUUGAGUAAUGGUGAAAUUCUAAUGUCCUAUGGUGUUGGUGCUGUGGUUUGUUAUAACCCAGAAACAAAGAGUUUCAGGAAAACUAGUAUUGCUCCGACUGAGUCGGAAUUUGUUGCAGUUGCCUACAGUCCAUCAUUUGUUUCACUCUACGAUAUUGCAAAAGGAGAGGAGGUGGAAAGGAUAAGAAACCAUGAGAAUUUCAACAAGCUGUUUAAUGAAGGGAGACGUAGUGCUGCUGUUUCUGGAACGUCAGCCCACCAGUGCACAAAUCUAAACCCAGGCUCUUGCUCACCUGGUGUUGAAGAGGCUUUCCCUAAACCUAUUAUUACAACUUCCUCUGCAACUAGCAAUGAGCAAGUGGAUUUUGCUCUGAGGAUUGGGAGUAAGUGCGCUAUAUGUGGUGGGCAAUUGGGUUAUGUUUUCAGAGGUAAAGGGUUCGCAAUGUGUCAAAAAUGUUUUGAUGCUAGUUCCUCUUGAGAAAUCUUCAAUUCCUUUUCGUAAGGCAGCAAAAGGCUUCUUUUUGGUACUUACAUCCCUCACUGUAACUCUAUCUCUACAGAGCUGGUGAUGAUGAACUUUUGUUAUGUUUAGAUUUAUUAUUUUGCAAGUACUUGUUGACUAUGCAUUUCCCUAUUUUACAAGUCCUUUAGCUAAAAUAUUCCAAUGGCUUCAUUUACAUGAACAUUAAGUGUACCAUAAAGUUUAUGAUCCUGAACUGUACUUUAAAGUAUUAUGCAAAAGUUUACAAGUCUUUGCGACC